AUGGCUGACAACACCGGCGCUGUGCCGCCAAACCACCUCGGCACCAACGUGCCCAGCGGACAACUGCGCGAGUACGACGAGAAGACCGCCCAGCCCGCGGCUGCUCUUCCUCCCAAGAACAACGUAGAAGAGGAGGAGGAAGAUGAGGACAUUGACGCCAUCAUCGAGGAGCUCGAGUCUCAGGAUGCUGCCGUCGACCUUGAGGAUGACGAGGGUGCCCAGCCCGGUGGUGCUCGUGUCAUUCCUGAGGAGCUUCUCCAGACCGAUACCCGCACCGGUCUUACCAACGCUGAGGUCCUCUCCCGCAGGAAGAAGUACGGUUCCAACCAGAUGAAGGAGGAGAAGGAGAACCUUGUUCUCAAGUUCUUGUCUUUCUUCAUCGGUCCUAUCCAGUUCGUCAUGGAGGCUGCUGCCGUCUUGGCCGCCGGUCUUCAGGAUUGGGUUGAUUUCGGUGUCAUUUGCGGUCUCUUGUUGCUCAACGCCUGUGUUGGUUUCAUCCAGGAGUUCCAGGCUGGUUCCAUCGUCGACGAGUUGAAGAAGACCCUCGCUCUCAAGGCCACCGUCCUCCGUGACGGUGCUCUCCACGAGCUCGAGGCCCACGAGGUUGUCCCUGGUGACAUCCUCCAGGUUGAGGACGGUACCAUCAUCCCCGCUGAUGGUCGCAUUGUUACCGAAGACGCUUUCCUCCAGGUCGAUCAGUCUGCCAUCACCGGUGAGUCUCUCGCCGUCGACAAGCACAAGGGCGACACCUGCUACCAGUCCUCCGCUGUCAAGCGUGGUGAGGCCUUCAUCGUCAUUACCGCCACUGGUGACUCCACCUUCGUCGGUCGCGCUGCCUCCCUCGUCGCCAACGCCUCCUCCGGAACCGGUCAUUUCACUGAGGUUCUCAACGGUAUUGGUACGGUGUUGCUCAUCUUGGUCAUCCUCACUCUUUUGGUUGUCUGGAUCUCCUCUUUCUACCGCUCCAACGGCAUUGUCCACAUUCUCGAGUUCACCCUCGCCAUCACCAUCAUUGGUGUCCCCGUCGGUCUUCCCGCUGUCGUUACCACCACCAUGGCUGUCGGUGCUGCCUACCUCGCCAAGAAGCAGGCCAUCGUCCAGAAGCUCUCCGCUAUCGAGUCCCUCGCUGGUGUUGAGAUUCUCUGCUCUGACAAGACCGGUACCUUGACCAAGAACAAGCUCUCCCUCGCUGAGCCCUACACCGUCGAGGGUGUCGAGCCUGAUGACCUCAUGCUUACUGCCUGUUUGGCCGCUUCCCGCAAGAAGAAGGGUAUUGAUGCCAUUGACAAGGCUUUCCUCAAGUCGCUCAAGUACUACCCCCGUGCCAAGUCUGUCCUCUCCAAGUACAAGGUUCUUGACUUCCAGCCCUUCGAUCCCGUCUCCAAGAAGGUCCAGGCCACCGUCGAGUCUCCUCACGGUGAGCGCAUCAUCUGCGUCAAGGGUGCUCCCAUCGCCGUUCUCAAGACCGUCGAGGAGGACCACGAGAUCCCCACCGCUGUCGAUGAGGCCUACAAGAACAAGGUCGCUGAGUUCGCUACCCGUGGUUUCCGUUCCCUUGGUGUUGCUCGCAAGCGUGGUGACAACCACUGGGAGAUUCUCGGUAUCAUGCCCUGCCUCGACCCCCCUCGUCACGAUACUGCCCGCACCAUCCACGAAGCCAUCACUCUCGGUCUUUCCAUCAAGAUGUUGACUGGUGACGCCGUCGGUAUUGCCCGUGAGACUUCCCGCCAGCUCGGUCUUGGUACUAACGUCUACAACGCUGAGCGUCUCGGUCUCGGUGGUGGCGGUGAGAUGCCCGGUUCCGAGGUUUACGAUUUCGUUGAGGCUGCCGAUGGUUUCGCCGAGGUUUUCCCCCAGCACAAGUACAAUGUCGUCGAGAUUCUCCAGCAGCGUGGUUACCUCGUUGCCAUGACUGGUGACGGUGUCAACGAUGCUCCUUCCCUCAAGAAGGCCGAUACUGGUAUUGCCGUCGAGGGUGCCUCCGAUGCUGCCCGCUCUGCUGCCGAUAUCGUCUUCCUUGCCCCCGGUCUCUCUGCUAUCAUCGACGCUCUCAAGACUUCCCGCCAGAUUUUCCAUCGUAUGUACGCCUACGUCGUCUACCGUAUCGCUCUUUCCCUCCAUCUUGAGCUUUUCUUGGGUCUCUGGAUCGCCAUCUUGAACACCUCGCUCAACCUGAACUUGGUCGUCUUCAUUGCCAUUUUCGCUGAUAUCGCCACCCUUGCCAUUGCCUACGACAACGCUCCCUUCAGCAAGACCCCCGUCAAGUGGAACUUGCCCAAGCUCUGGGGUAUGUCCGUCCUCCUCGGCUGCGUCCUUGCCGUCGGUACCUGGAUCACCCUCACCACCAUGUUCCCCUACCAGGAUCUCCCCAACGCCGCUGGCCAGGGUGUCUCCGGUGGUAUCGUCCAGAACUUUGGUGUCCGUGAUGAGGUUCUCUUCCUCCAGAUCUCCCUCACUGAGAACUGGCUCAUCUUCAUCACCCGUGCUAACGGCCCCUUCUGGUCUUCCAUCCCCUCUUGGCAAUUGUCCGGCGCUAUCCUCGUCGUCGACAUCAUCGCUACUCUCUUCUGUAUCUUCGGUUGGUUCGUUGGUGGCCAGACCUCCAUUGUCGCUGUCGUCCGUAUCUGGAUCUUCUCCUUCGGUGUCUUCUGCGUCAUGGGUGGUGUCUACUACCUCCUCCAGGACUCCGUUGGCUUCGACAACCUCAUGCACGGAAAGUCCCCCAAGAAGGACCAGAAGCAGAGGUCUCUUGAGGACUUUGUUGUCUCCCUCCAGCGUGUCUCUACCCAGCACGAGAAGAGCGCAUAG